AUGGAGGCGUCGACGGCGCCGAAGACCGAAAAUGGCUUGUCUUCCUGCGGCGUUGGCGCUCUUUCUCCAACGUCACCGCUGCUACCAACCACGUUACCGACAUCCCCCGGUGACAUCGUUUUUCCGCCCGAACAAGCUGCGGCGCUAAAGAGACGUCCCGAGUCGAGUUCCAAGCGACUGGGCAAGAAGGCGACGACCCCGGUCACCGCCAAGGGUGGAGAGAUCAAGUCACCACCGGAGAAGACUCGAGACAAGAAUGGGGCUCCUCAUGGUCCGGCGGCGUCAACGGUGCCGCCGAAGACCGAAGAUCACCGGUCUUCCCACGACGGCGGCGUUCUUUCCCCUACGACGCCGCUGCUACCGAUUUCAACCGUGUUACCGACGUCGCCCGGUGACGCCGUGUCUCCGCCCGAACCAGCACCGCCGCUAAGGAGGCGUACCGGGUCGGGUCUCAAGCGAUUGGGCAAGAAGGCGGUGGCCGCGGUCAGCUCCAAGGGUGGAGAUAUCAAGUCACCACCGGAGAAGACGCCGGGAAAGAAGGGCACUUCUCAUGCUCAAGCGAUGGCAGCGAAGUCCCGUAAGAAGACGGCCAUGACCAACACGCUGUCGCCGGCACCCGAUGUCAUGAGCCCUGCGCACGACAAGGCCUCCAAGGCGGCGAACCAGACGGCGAACCAGGCGGCGACGGCAAAAGCAGUGGUUUCGGACGGGAAAACAGCGAGCAGACGACCAUCGGUCUCCAUGGCCGCCGCAGUGGCCAGUGAAAAGAAAGCGGCGCCAAUAUCGCCUGGCCGCAAGAUUAUGGGUCCCAGGCACAAGACGCGAGAGCGCAUCAGGUCCGGGUCUCACACGCCGAAAGAGAAGGCACCGGUAAAGAGAGCACACUCUCCGAAGCCAGCGGAAGCCAAGCCGUCAGCGCUAGGGUUUUCGACCGCGACGCCACCUGCUGCAGAAAGGGGGAAGGAAGCGCCCACCACGACGGUUACGCCGCACGCUUCGAAGACCAAGAGAAGAAAGACGCGAGGUCAAACAUUUACUCAUAAGGGGAAGCUGCACGACGACCACGCAUUUUCCAAGGCGGAGUCGUCGAAGGCCUCGGAGGGCGCUGCGAUCGCCUCGCCGACCGAAGGUGGCCAAUCUUUGAAGGAGAGGCCUCCCACGCUGCCAUUAGGCAGCUCGUUGUCUGCGGUCGUGGGCGAGAUGGAGGACCUAAACCGCACAGGCGACAAGCUUUUGGAGCAGCUUGCGUCACUGCUCGAUGCAACGUCUCCGCCGCGACAGCCCGGGCGCGACCUCACCAGAACGUGCGACCCCACCACCAGCGAGCCUGCCAUCGCUCCAGCAAGCACGGAGUUUCGGACAGGAGUGAGAGAACCAACAAGCCCUCCAUCACCAUCCCUCCAGGCACCGGCCACCACCGAGCAAUACGACGCGUCCACAGCGAACGCCCUGGAUUCGGGCAGUCGUGUUGAUGCUCAUCCGCGUGCUACGCCAGCGACUGUUGCGGAUGACGUAAGCAGUGUCCUCGUUGAUCGCUCCGAAGAACAAGCCGAACUUCUGAGGCACUGGUGGCUACAAAUACGCUUGAGGCGUUCGUAGCUACCAAUUACUUAAUGGCGCGGGACAGCUGCUUUGACGUCGAUGUUCCCGCGAGGGUGCCAGUAGCGGAUGACCAAUGUGGUGGCGUCUUUAGUCCCGCUAAAGGCUUAGCGAAAGACAAUGCCGAAGUUGACCGGGCUCUAGUUGCCGCAAAUAUGCCUGAUGGAUAUGCCCGCGAUGGCGCUCUAACAUUAGAUAGUGACGCUAAUGUCCCGCUGUCAUCGGUGCCAGCAGAUGACGUAGGCAGUGACGUUAUGGGCAGAACCAAAGGUGAUGACGAAAACCAAGCCGAAGCUGCACAACUGCCGUUGACUGCGAAUGAGGUGGCCGUCAUUCUGCAUGCCCUGGCAUUGGAUAGCAUCGCCGAUGUUUCACGGGCUUCGGCGACAAUGGAGGCUGACGUGAGGAGCGGAGCCUUCGCUCUGACAUUAUAUAGCGACGCUAAUGCCCCGCUGUCUUCGGUGCCAGCAGAUGACGUAGGCAGUGACGUUACGGGCAGAACCAAAGACGACGACGAAAACCAAGCCGACGCUGCACAACUGCCGUUGACUGCGAAUGAGACGGCCGUCAUUCUGCACGCCCUGGUAUUGGAUAGCGUCGCCGAUGUUUCACGGCCUUCGGCGACAAUGGCGGAUGAUGUGGGGAGCGGCGCCGUUGGUCUAGUUACAGGCGAAGCCAAAGACCAAGACGAGGUUUCCCAGCGACCAGAUAUCACACAUGAGCACGAUGCACCGGCUCCCACGGAUGUCGCAGCUUUUAUAGACGAAGCCAAAGACCAAGCCGAGGUUUCCCUACGACAAGCUAUCACAUAUAAGCCCGAGGUACCGGUUCCCACAGACGUCACAGCUUUUAUAGCCGAAGCCAAAGACCAAGCCGAGGUUUCCCAGCGACAAUCUAUCACAUAUCGGCCUGAGGCACCGGCUCCCACAAACGUCGCAGCUCCAGACGGCCGCGCUGACUUCCCGCCUUCUACGUCAGCGGCAAUAGGAGGUGACGCAGCCAGUGGCGGAGUCGAGAGAGCUGAAGUGAAAGUCGAAGCCACCGACACAGUCGAAGACAGAACGUCUCGCCUCUCACGCGCUAGGCGUAGCCGUCGCAAACGCGGAAGCCGAAAACGAUCGAAAUGAUGGCUACCGCGUGGAUGUUGCCUCGUGCGACCACGCGGUAACCUGCACAUUUUACGAAGCUGUAGCGACUUAGAACACGCGGCCUUUCUUCGGAACGAUCUCUCGAGAUCUCGUGAACCAAGUCUGACACGGCGUCAUUUCGACGAAGCAAACGUUAUGCGGAUGGCGAUUUAACAAUUUUCGCAGGGCGCCAUUUCGACAUGCGUGAUAUCGCUGCGCAGAGUUUCGAAGUGACUUCAUAUACAGAGCUGUUCAUCACUGCCCAGACCUUGUGUAUCAGCCAGUGAAGCAGCGCUUUAGUUACGAACAGCAGCAUUAUGCUUUUUUUUCGUGUUUCUUACAUUGCUUUAUGCAAGUAUGACCAUGCUUGACUGGCAGUUAAAGGGCAGCACGUUACCUUAAGCAGGCUACAUGCGUGAGACGCAACGUGCUAUCUUUUGCUGUUAGUCUUUAGAUACGUCUCAGUAGCGUGCAUCGACGCAGCUUGCGUUAUAAACGACUGUAGUUGAGAACGUGGUGUGU